AUGUCUUAUUACGCUAAUAACGAAUACAUCAUCGCGACCAACAACUCGAUCAACGAGAACAAAUACAACACGGAAAAGAUGAAGAACACUGGCCUGAAGGCGCUACUGAGACCACUAAUGAAGAUCAUUAAGAAGUCGACGAAACGCGUUCCCGCCAAAUGCGACACGUGCUACGAGGACGAACAGAACUCCAGCAACGAAAUGUUGGAGCGCAAAAUCUACUCGGAGAUGGAAACGUGCGCGCCUGGAGCCGCGUUCCUCGUCUGCAACGAGGACGAAACUUGCAAUAUCGUGCCAGUGAACCCUGAUAACUUCUACGUACCCGUGCACUUCGCCCGGACGGAAGCAGGCACCUUUUUCUGGACCACAGUCACCAAACAAGACGCCGACUUUGCCGCCUCACAUUGCUACACCGAGUGCCAGACCGCGGAACAGCAAUACCCCGUCUACCAAGAUCGUUGGGUGCAAGCUUGA